AUUGGUUUUUCCCAUUUAACACUCAGAACGACGUCGUUUUAGUCUUACCGUUCGUCUCUUCCUUCUCGAACGUUCUUCCGUUUGCCAGCCAGACCACCCUCAAAUCAAAGAUGAAGAUAACGAACUGAGCUUUUCUCCCUCCAAAUCACCAAAAAAUUUCUGAAAAUUCGCAAGAAAAUUCUAUUCAAAAUAAAUAAAUAAAAAUUCAAAAACAAUGUCCACCAUUUCUGUAUCCAAGUUCAUUAGCGUUGAUACCACAUUGUUUUCCCCAAAAUCUUCAACUAUAAACCCUUGUUUUUUCCCCAAAUUCCCUCCAAAUUCCAAACCCAGAAAAUCCCUAACGCUAGUUUUCUCAAGCUCCUCUGGCGCAGAGCUCUCCUCUGCUGCAGAAGAUGAGUGGCUCAAGAAGCUUCCGGAGAAGAAGAAGCCCCUGUACUCUCACAGUCUUCCUUGUGUGGAGGCGUGGUUGAGGAAUCUAGGGUUUUUCCAGAGCAAAGAGGAUCGAGCCAUUUGGUUCGUGGAAAAGCCUGAGUGGCACGCCCAGCUCUCGCUCGAUGUCACCGAUCUCUAUAUCAGGUACCUGAAGAGUGGACCGGGAAAUCUGGAGAAGGAUGUGGAGAGGAGAUUCAGCUAUGCACUGAGCAGAGAGGAUAUUGAGAAUGCCAUACUUGGAGGACCAUAAGAAAAGGAACUAAGUCCAGCUUUUUCCUGGCCCAAUUUGAUGCAUUCAUGCCCAACCACCUCCCUCCAGAUCUCUUUUUUACCUAAUAGCUAGAUAAUAGAACUUAGAGUUAGUUGUUCAUUCUUCAUUCAGAUAUGCCAGUGGCCUUCUGCUUUUCGUACUCUUGAAAGAGAUUCUAAGUAUGCUUGUUCAAUUACAUGAGCAUAAAGUAUUUUUUGUUGAA